GUAAAGCUUCUAUAUUUUAUGUAUAUAUGAUUUCAAAAAAUAUGUCGUACAGUAAUACCUAAGAAGUAGCACUACACUUUAAAAUCGUUUUAUACUGGAAAAACAAGAACACAUGGUUGAAGUUUUGUUAAAUAGAUAAGCCAUGUAACACAGAGAGUUCCCAAAGCGAGCGCAAAUCCAGAAUCACCGUCCAGCAGAGUUGAUGGAUAAACGCAUUUCACCGAUAAAAUAUUUAGCAGUAGUUUUAGGAUGAGAAGUUUGCAUACGUUCUCUCACAGAUAUGAUGAUCAGAUUUUUGGUUAUUUUUAAGAACGGCCAUUCCAAUGUAGACGCAUAUGGCGGCGAAAAUUUACCUUCCGUAAAUCCCCUCGGUGAGCUUGUUACGUUUCAAGGGCCUCCGAAGCUUACCGCACUCGACAUUUCUUCUCUUCAUAUUCUUCGACACUUUCACCACUACCAAGGCGACGUUAUUCGCGGCGUGUAACAGAACGGAAAAAACCAGAAAUCCUCCGGGAAGUCGUGAAAAAACGCACUCUGUCUUUCUCUCUCUCUUUCUCUCGCGCGCGCGACUUCUAUCAGUCUCUUUUGUUGUCAUUCGUCUGUGGACAGAUUCGAGGUCUCACGAUGGUUUACCAAGCAGCUGAUUGGUCAUUAUGGUACAUGGCGUUUUAAAAUCCGUAUCCGAUAUUAAUCGCUUCUAACAAAAACGUUUAAAAGAUAAAACGAUCGAUCGGACGAUAUCGGCACGUGUCAAUAUUAUCUAAAUGCGCGCGAAGUUAGUGCACGAGAGACGAAUUUUCAAUUACGAUUUCUUUCGCAAACGGUUCCGUGUUGAAGCCUUUAUCGAUCGUAGAUGUCUCCCGACCGUACCACGAUUCCAUCGGCACUUUCCACUUACACCAACGGCGCUCUCUCCUGGCAACUAAAUGUCUGUAUAGUUGUUCCCUUUUCUCUUCCUUCUUCCUUUCGCAACUUCUCACUCCUGCAGCAGGUACCUCUCGUUGUCUCCCUUCUAUCCCACCUCUAACUAAUUUCUCCUCUCCCUUUCUCUCGUCACCUACUAUUCCUCAUUAGACAGUUGCACGCGGCUAGUAAAUCGUAUCAGCUGUUUUCUUGUAUAUAUGUACAUACGAGAUGGUACGUGAUAAUACAAUAAAGAUACCAUUUCUAGAAGAUGGAUCAUCUAUGUUUGAAGAAUGUAUCUGAUUUAUUUUAUUAUGAAGAUAAUAUCAUUUCAACGAUAUACAACAUAUGUAACAUUGUAUCAAUGCUUAUCAUAAUAUAUAUAUUGUGUGAUUUGAUAAUACAAUUGUGUAAUUCGUUAAAUAAAAAUUUGAAAUUGAAUGGGACACAAGUAUUGGAAAUGUUACUUAAAUAUAAAAUUGCUAUUGAGAUAUGUAUAAUCCUUAUUACUUUACAAAUAUUUGACAAAGGAUUUUCUUAUACUUGGAGAUACAACAAUUUAACAUUUAUAUGUUUAUAUUGUUUUGUUAUUAUUAUGUUUAAAAUAUCAGUUUUAUCACAACAAAAUUUAGACACAACUAUUACUAAUAUGAAUGGACUGGAUUAUGGAACUGGAAUGGCUUAUAGUUAUUUCUAUGGUUAUUUGAAAAUUAUUUUACCAUCCACUGGUACAGAGAAUAAAAGCAUAUAUGAAAAAUUAGAAAAUUUUGAAGACAUUCAUAAUAUUAUUAUUUCAAUAAAAAAAUUGUUUAUUCUAAUACCAUUUUCAACAUAUAUACCUCCAGAUUUGAAACAACUUUCAUAUGGCUGGAUGGAAAAUGUGCAAGAAUUAGAACAAGAAGUAAGAAACAGAGCUGGAAUCAAGAAUCGAUCUUAUCAUAAUAACAUAUAUAAAAUUUAUCCUGAUGGAAACACGAGUUCUAUUGAACCAAUAUAUCUUGCAGUUGAAGGUGCAACACCUUUACUAACAUUUUUUGAAGUGCAAAAACAUUUGCAUCCAGAAUCUGCAAUAUAUAUAAAAUACUCUAAACAGAUAAUAAAAGCAUUUUAUUUAAAAUUAAAAGAAUUGAUAUAUAAUGAUCUAGAUUGCAGAGAAUUAUGUGAAUUGAUUUAUUAUGAAGAUUACAAUUCUGAUGGGACUAAAGUAAAUAUUGCAAAAGUUAUUCUUGAGAAAAUAUCAACAUUAAAAGAUUCAGAGUACACAAAUCAUACUGAUUAAAACUUAUUUUAAUCAGUAUGAUUUAAUAUAAUUGAAUUUUAUAUAAUAUUAUUAUACAUAAUAUUAUAUAAAAUUCUGUUAUCCAGAUAAAAAUAACAAAUAAAAAUGCAAUUAUUUUUAAAACGGAUAGAAUUUAUUUUUCAUAUAAGAUAUUAAAAUUUAUAAUAUUAUUAUAAUGUAAUCUAUGUAUGUUUAAAUAAAAUACCCGGAAUCCUGAAAAAUCAGUAAAUUUUAUAAUUAAUGUGAUACUGAUAAAAGAUUUAUGAAAAAUAUCAUUUAUUCAUUAAUGUUCUUAAGAAUCAAGAUACAAAAUGAUAUAUAUAUAUAUAGAAUUUUGAAAUAAAGCAUUAUUGUCGCUACUAUUAUCAGUUGCAAUUAAAAUUUCUUUUUGUAACUUUACACUUUAUACAUAUAUUAAAAAAUAUGUCAUUGAUUCAAUAUAUUCAAUAUUUUUCAUAUUCAUUAGUUCAUUAAUAAACAUUAUCACCUAU